AUGGUUGGAAGUCUCCUUGGUCGAUUCUCAUUUAUUCGCUCUCGUAUUCCGGAUACAUUUCAUCGGAAUGUUCUUGGUGGAUGUUUAUUUAUAGUAUUUAAGGAUAUUGUAAAUCUAACAUAUAAAUAUCAAAGAGCAAGGCAUCGACGUUCGAGACAUGUUAAAAAUUAUGUAGAAUUUGCGAAUGAGGAAACUUUUGUUCUUUAA